GUUUACCCUCUGCCGUGCGUCUCCGUUCAUUCACUCAACUGUGCAUUUUCAACUUCAGCAUUUCCAGUCCACUCCUACAAAAAAAUACGGCCUCUUCCUUGGUUGGAAUUUCUCGCCGGCUGUUCUCUUUCCGCUCCGAUGAAGUUCUACUUCUUGUUAGUAGGGUUGUUUCUGCUGUCCCAGUGCGUCCGGGAAAUCUCAGGACAAGCAAAAUCAAUGGAGUCCGUUCCCGAUCUCCAGAAUUCCAUGUACAGGGUCGUCGAUGGCGUCCCUUGCGUUCGCCUACUCAAUCUCUCUGGGGAAAUAGGCUGUGCAAAUCCUGGGAGAGACAAGGUUGUUGCUCCGGUUGUGAGAUAUCAGACUGGUCUUGAUUUGGCUCGUCCGUCUGCUAUUCUGGUUUCACUUGAUCGAAUGGGCGAACUUUUUGAUAGGCAUGACGUCACUGUUUUCUUCAGAAUAUCAAAGGAUCCAGGACUUUCCAAGAAUAUUGGUGGUAUUCUAGUUGAAUCUGGGACUGGUAUACCAAAUGAAUUUAAAGGAUUCUCUCCAGAUCGCAAGUUUCCACUAGCUGAAUUUUCCCCUUAUCAGAGCACCAAUUACGAGUGGAACCCAAGAGGAACUGGUAUUUUGUGGAACACUUAUACUUUUCCAAUCUUCUUAUUGACGAACGAUAGCACACCGAUCAUGAAGAAGAUUGCUAAGGAGAAUGAGAAGAAAACCGAAGGUCAUACCUCAAACGUGGCUGAAUUUGAUUUGGUGAUGCAGACGACAAAAUACGGCACACACGACUCAGAGUCUUGUUUGAAGGAGGGGACUUGCCUCCCAUUAGGGGGAUACAGUGUUUGGUCAUCGCUCCCACCAAUCCAUAUAUCAUCGUCAAAGCAAGUGAAGCCCACUAUAUUAACAGUGGCAUCUAUGGAUUCUGGAUCGCUCUUCCGUGAUAAAAACUUGGGUUCAGAAUCUCCGAUUUCUGGGCUGAUUGCAUUGCUUGCAGCAGUUGAUUCGCUUUCUCGUGUGGAUGCUUUAGGAGAACUUAGUAAACAGCUUGUUUUUGCAGUUUUUACUGGAGAAACAUGGGGAUAUCUAGGUAGCAGGCGAUUUUUGCUCGAACUUGAUUUGCAGUCAGAAGCUGUUAGGGGCCUUGAUAGCAAACUGAUUGAGAUGGUAUUCUCCGACAUAUAUGUUUAUCAUUGCGCUAAAAGUUAGAUUGAUGCAAAUGAAGAAGCAAGUAUGAUUUCUAUAACCUAUUACUUGUAUAGUGCCUGAGAGAGUGACAUUUGAUGUUGUACUAUGUUAUUGAAAAGGUCAUUGAAAUCGGAUCAGUUGGAAGGGCCUUCAAUCAAGGGACCGAAACCUUCUUUGCUCAUACCACCGGGGUUUCAUCUGCAACAAAUGCAACUUUGAAUGCCUUGAAACGUGCUGAAGUUUCACUGGGGUCCCAGAAUAUUUCAGUCUCAUUGGCAAGCACAUCUAACCCUGGGAUACCACCGUCGUCCUCUAUGGCAUUUGUGAAGAAGAACUCAUCAACUUCUGGGUUUGUAUUGGAAGAUUUUGAUGCUGCUUUCAGCAACAAGUUUUACCACAGUCAUCUUGAUGAUCCGUCUAACAUAAACUCAUCAUCCAUAGUGGCGGCUGCAUCUCUUGUCGCCCGCACACUUUACAUCCUUGUAAACGAGAACAAAAAUAUAAGGAGCUCUGUUCUAGAUUCCAUCAGUAUUAAUGGCUCUCUAGUCGAUGAGAUGCUGAGUUGUCUGCUACAGUGUGAUCCUGGUCUGUCUUGUGAGCUGGUGAAGAAGUACAUAACCCCAAGUGCAACUUGUCCUGUUCACUAUGUCGGCGUGGUCCUUGGGGAGCCUUCCUCAACUCCAUACAUUGGAUACGUUAAUGAUGUCUCCAGGUUCAUAUGGAACUUUCUGGCUGAUAAAUCAUCUGCACUUGAGAAGAAUAGUAGAUCCACCUGUUCACAGGACUGUAGCAACAAGGGCGAGGUGUGCAUUAAAGCAGAAACAAAGGGCAUCUGUGUUACUUCCACAACCAGGUACGUACCGGCCUAUUCAACCAGAUUGAAGUACGGUUCUGGAGUGUGGACAGUUCUGCCUCCAAAUUCAUCUGAUCCCAUGGCGAAGAUAGACCCUGUUUGGACAGAGAGCAACUGGGACAAUAUUGGCCUGAGGGUUUAUGAAGUUCAAGAAGCUAGUCUCGACAGGCUCAUUUUGCUUGCGGGUAUUGCUGCAACAGUUUUGGCUUACAUUGCCAUUGCAAUCGCAAGAGCCUUCAUCACAAAGGCCCUGAAACGAGAUUGAAAGAACUUUUUCUCUUAGUCGGAUAGGACGCCUUGUAAGUACGAUGAGGAUAACAAGAUAGCUAGAUUAGUGACUAUUGUUCACUUUUUGUUCCAGUCAGCCAUGAGUUUUUUACGCAGACCAGAUUGGACGAAAAUCGAAAGAAUAUUAGAACUGAGAUCUCUAAUGAACAUUCUUUGUUUAUGCUGUUGAUCAUACGACAAUAUAUUCUGUCAGCA